GAAUUGGACUAUAAGAGGUGUGCGUCAAAUGUAAAUCUUUCGAUUUCGAUAUGUGGUUCGCAAGUAGUGGGUUGGACAUGCAGGCGAGUGGCGGGCCGGCGUGCCAACGAGCACCGGCGCUGGCGACUUGAUGUGUGACCGCGCCCUGUUUCCCUACGCUUGCAAAAUGGGAUCACGACUCGCCGCAGUGAUACUGUGGCUAGGUGGAAGUGUGCUAGGCUUGCGCGACAUUCAGCUGAGCGUUCCGGAGGCAGUAGGGGUGGGCUCGAGUGCCACCCUCGGCUGCCGCUGGGCUCUGGACACGGGGGAGGCUCUUUACACUGUCAAAUGGUAUCAUGGCGCUCAAGAGUUCUUUCGAUUCGUGCCUAAGGAGCUGCCAAACACCAGAGUUUUUUCUCAGACAGGAAUCAGCGUUGACGUUUCUCGUUCCGGAGCGCAGCAGGUGGUGUUGCGCGGCGCGACGCGAGGCCUCAGCGGCCGCUACCGCUGCGAGGUGUCCGCCGACGCGCCCUUCUUCCACACCGUUUACAAAAGCGCUUACAUGAGGGGUUGUGG